AUGCCGUACGACUUCGUCAAGCCAGGGCGGCUACCCACGAGCAGAGACAGGGCUGAGGGGGUGGGGGAGGGGCAGGGGAGCGAGGAGGAGGACGCGGAGGGGAGGAUCCAACGAGAGCUCAAGGCGUGGCGCCUGCACAUGCGUGAGGAGCGGCAGCAGCGCCUCCUGGCGGCGGCCGCGCGGGCGGAGAGGACGAGAAACGCCGAGGCGUCAUCCGCCUCCUGCCUCGCCGCUCAGGAGGUAAAGGGCGAGGGCGGCCGCCACGGCGAUGCGCCGCCGCACCGCCAGGAGUUGACGGCGCUGCAGCAGUACCGCAGGGAGUUGGGCGAGGUGGCCUCUGGGGUGCAGCAGGGGCGGCGGAACCCAUGGACGGCGGCUGCGCCCGUUCGGCGGCAGCGGCGCCUGAAGACGCACCGCGUCACCUACCACGAGGCGCGAAGCGUGCUUAGAGAGUACAUUCAUCGCCCCCCGCCGCCCUCGCCAAAUCUGCGGAAAACGCCCACUGGGGCACUUCGGGCGUACAAGGACGCGCUCGCGGCCUCGGCAAGGGCCUUCAGUGAGGCGCCGGCGACAGCACCCGCACGCUGGCAUCAGCAGCCGCUGCGUAGCAUCAGUGCGCGCAAUCGACGGCAGGAGGCGUCAAAGCCAAACUCGGUCGCAACGACGCGGUCGAUGACGCUGCGAAGGAGACACGCCGAGUCCUCCGCUGCGGCUCGUGCCAACAGUCCCGCGCCGAAGCGUGGCCACCACCGUGGCGCCCAGCCGCGGAAUGGCACCGAAGGAUCGAAACUUUCACCGCGGCUCGCGCUAGAGCCAACACCGGCCUACCGAAGUGCGAUGGGGCAGCUGGGGUGGGACUACAAGGAGGAGUUGCAACGCCGGGAAGGUGCGUUUCAUUUUGGCAGGGAAUUGUCGCCGCAAAGUAGUGCGUCAUCGUGGCGUCCGAGUCCGCGCAGGUCCACAACGCAGCCGAUGGCGACGUACCCCGUCGCUUCUCCUCAGCCACGGCCGCCGUCCCACGCCCCGUACAUCCGCCACGAGGAGGAGACGGAGGACGUGUUUCACGCCUCCAUGCGAACCUCCCCGGCGGCGGAGGUGCUUGCCGUUCCCCCGACGCCCGCGUUCAGAGGGAGUGGCGGAGCGUCGCAUGGCGAGGAGCAGCCGCGGCGUGAGUCCUCCCCGCUGCUGCGGGAGCUUCUCAGCACACUGGCCCUCUCCUCGCCCUCACUCUACCGGCCCGACUUGUACCAGGGCAGGACGCGGCCGGAAGUUUCUCCGGUGGCCAGAUCCGUUGAACCGCGGCAGUGGCCCAUGGAUGGCGUGAUGGCCCAGAGAUAA